GCCGGAAGAUCGAACAGUCCAUUUUAAGAGUCUUGGCGGUGACAUUUCCUCAGAAGGCUCUGAGGUGUCCCACUGAGAGCUCUGUUAAAUCCCCAGCACAGUGAAGAUGGAGAUUUCACUGAGGUCGUACCAGAAGGAGGUGGUUGAGGUGGCUCUGAGGGGGCAGAACAGUAUCAUUUGGCUGCCCACCGGAGGAGGAAAGACUCGAGCUGCAGUGUACGUAGCCAAAAGGCACUUGGAGACGCAUCCCGAUGCCAAAGUGGCUGUUCUCGUCAACAAGGUGCACCUGGUCGAUCAGCACUAUCAGAAGGAAUUCCGGCCCCACCUGGGUCAUACUGUAAAGAUCGUGGCCAUCAGUGGAGACAGCCAGGAGAAGGACUUUUUUGGCCGUGUGGUCAGGGACUCAGACCUGGUCAUCUGCACCGCUCAGAUUCUGGAGAACGCCAUAAUAAACACAGAGGAGGACAAGCAUGUGGAGCUCACAGACUUCACACUGCUAAUCAUAGACGAGUGCCACCACACUCAUAAGGAUGCAGUGUAUAAUAAGAUCAUGGCGCGUUAUGUGAAGGGGAAGAUGGAGGGAGCGAGGAAUCUGCCUCAGAUUCUGGGCCUCACUGCCUCACCAGGCACCGGCGGAGCCAAGACACAGGAGGGAGCCGUCAACCAUGUGCUACAGAUCUGUGCGAAUCUGGACUCUGUUAUUGUAUCCACAAAAAACUAUGUGCCAGAGCUUAGAGUGGUUGUUCCCAGACCCAUAAAGAAGUACGACAUUGUGGAUACCCGGCUUUUCGACCCAUUUGGGGACCAUCUGAAGGAGAUGAUGAGGAUGAUCCAUGGGUACAUGGCGUCAGACGUCACUUUUCGCGAGAUGGGCACUCAGGAGUAUGAAAAUGAUGUGGUGGAACUGGAGAAGAAAGGUGUUCGGGAGGAGAACAGGCUGUUGGCUCAGUGUGCCUUACACCUGAGAAAAUACAAUGACGCCCUUCUCAUCAACGACACCGUGCGCAUGGUGGACGCCCUGCGGCUUCUGCAGGACUUCUACCGCACAAAGAGCGAAAACAGAAUGGACGCAACUGACAUUUUCCUCUCUGGACUCUUUGAAGAGAACCAAGUAGAGCUGAGGCUGUUGGCUUCAGAUGCUCGAAACGAGAACCCCAAGCUGGUCCAGCUGCAGCGCACCCUGCUGGAACAGUUUCAGGACAGAAACUCGCGUGGCAUCCUCUUCUCCAAAACCAGAGAGGGCACACGCUGCCUGUACGACUGGGUACGUGCCAACCCAGCACUGCAGCGUGCCGACAUCCGCGCUGCCAUCCUCACUGGAGCUGGCAAUGGUGCCAAUCACAUGACACAGAGCGGUCAAAGAGAAACUAUUUGUAGAUUCAGAGUCGGAGACCUCAACCUCCUCAUCUCCACCAGUGUGGCUGAAGAAGGCCUUGACAUUCCAGAAUGUAACGUGGUGGUGCGUUAUGGGCUGCUGACCAAUGAGAUCGCUCAGCAGCAGGCCAGCGGGCGGGCCCGGGCCCAGGACAGUGUGUAUUCAGUGGUGGCGCAGGCAGGUGGGCGGGAGAUGCGAAGGGAAAAGACCAACGAGUACCUGGAGGAGCUGACCGAAAGAGCGGUCGCGGAAGUACAACGCAUGUCCCCUGAAGAGUUCCGCAGGAAGGUGAACGCGCUGCAGAGGGCUGACGUGAUGGAGAGGAUUCUAACCUGCAGGCGGAGAGAGGAGAAGAAAAAGCGGUACAAUCCAUCCCAGGUGCAGUUCGUCUGCAGAAGCUGCUUCACUCCUGUCGCCCAUGGAGACGACAUGAGAGUCGUAAACAACUCACAACACGUGAACAUCAACCCUGACUUCAAAAAUUACUAUCAGGUAGGAGGGCAGGUUCAUAUAGACCGGAUGUUUGAAGACUGGGAGCCUGGUCGUGUCAUCAGCUGUGCUGCCUGUGGACUGGAGUGGGGGUUCGAGGUCAAAUUAAGAAAGGUGGUGGUACUGCCCUGCCUAAAAAUAAAAAGUUUUUCAAUGAAGACUCCUCAGGGCAACCGCACAGCCAAGCAGUGGAAGGAGGUGGAGUUUGCUGUGGAAGAGUUUGAGUUUACUGAGUACGUGUCCAGCCGCUUCCUUGACCUGGACCUAGAGUGAGUGUGUCCACUCACACAGCUCUGGCUCAGUCUGAGAGAUGAUGACAUUAAGCUGUGACAGCACUGAUACCACUCCAGCUACUUUGGCAUAGUAAGAUGCUAAGCAUGAAGCUUUGUAUCAUCUCUUGUUUUUACUGUAUUACUUCACUUUGACCAUUAGGUGUCCCUGUUGUGCAAUAUUUUAUUAUAAAGACCUCCAAAAUGGAAAUUUUCAAUGUGUAGUGCCAUUUGGACAGGAUGAGUUUUUCAGCUUUGUAGUGGUGUCUGGAUGAGGGAUGUAUACUGUGCUUUGUAAGAGAUUCCCAGCUCAGUAUCUUGGUAUUUUGUAGGGUGAGUUAGAAGCCCUAUUCGGGCUGGGUUAGUUUAUCAGGGGUUUGUCAGGACAAGCAACUUUCUAGUACGUUCUGUUUUAUUUGAUCAGAAUUUAAGAAACUUACAGUGAACUAGUCAGUACUUUCUAAAAACCUUCAUAUCGUGCAUCUUUUCCUGAUAAUGCUCUCCCAGAUAGUGGAAAGUUUUGCCACCCAGACAGAGAAAAUGGUUGGGUGAUUCCCCAAAAGUAUAGUUUUUUUGUUUCGCAGUUCAGAAAGUGUUCAAUAUUUGAGGGAAGGUCUCUGAGUCACACACUAGGAGACCAUAUACAGAGAGUAGCAAAGGUCAAAACAUUUUUCCCCCAAUGUGAGGCCUGGAAAAACAUGUGACAGUGUGUAAGGACAGGUCAAAAAUGAGUAGAACGCCACCGAGUUUGGUGAAAAAUGGUAGGUAAUUCGGCCUGUAAUUUUCUCAAUGGAGCAGGGAGAGAAACACUGCCAUGGCUGAUCCAGACAGCAAUAAAAUCACAGAGCAGCACCUGUAAAAGAGGAAAUUACCCCAGGACCCCAUGUUCAUUUAAUCCCAUCUGAAUAGGGUUUAUGGUAAAUCGGUGUCCUCAGAGGUGGAUAUAUGCCGUGUACCAGUGUACCACUCCCCUACAAAAAUGCAGUGAAGUGCAACUUCUUUUCCUGCAGGAUAGGAUGAAAUAUUUACCAACAUAUCUGUUUGAAAAGGGGUUAUUUCUACAGUUCAUUUUGCAGCUGGUAAAAGCUGCUGUAAAACUAAUUCUGUUUGAAUAGUGCCCAUGUCUCUCUGAGGUUGAUAGGCUAUAGCAGUCGUCACCAAUCCUCUUCAUUUAAUCACUAUACUAGCCUGUUAGUGUUGUUACUUCUUGCUGAAUGUGUGUCUGAAUGCCUGACACUAUAACAAACCGGUGGUUGAUGAACGUGUGAACUCUUCCCUUAGAGCAAACAGCCAAGAAUGACCUUUGACCCUUGACUCUUGAAGGGUGCUGUGAAUGUAUUUCUUGCUACUGUCUAUUUUCAUGUCUGUUGAUGUCUGGGUGGGUGUACUUUUCAUGUUCCUGUAUAUUAUGAAAUAAAUUAACUUUUACUGUA